AGGCCGCCGCCCAACACCAUGUGGUCUGAAGAUGAGCGACCCCGUCCAGAAGACAGCUCCACCACCUCGCUCCACUCCGACUCUUCCCAGGAAUCACAGCCCCGAUCCUCCUCAGAGCGACCUCGCCCAUACUCGAAUUCUUUGUGGCCCGGCGCCGAGCAAGCACAGAACUGUCGCUCUCCGCUGGAUCCGCUGAGCCCAGACGUCCACGAUCGCGUCUUCCCCAUUCGCUCCGUCGUCUCCGUCGACCCCAAUGCCACUCCGUCGCAUCGCUCCGACACGAGCGGCAACGGCUAUUUCACUCAGGCGCCUCAACAGAGCAGGAGGUUUUCUGUCACCAGCGACUCGGAUCACCAAAGUCACAAUGGUACAACCAAGAAUAGAGCCCCCGGCUCUUCCGAAAGUCGCCCAAGUAAACCACAAGACCGCAAGCCUUCGAUAAGUGCGAACCAGAAGCAGCGACAUUCGGCACAAUUAUUCAACGAGCUCGCUUCUAGCAGAAACGACAGCGACAAUCGCUCCACCGACUCCCGGAGCACACGGCCACGUUCGUCAGAUCGCGCUCCAUCAUUGAAGAGUACCGGUGGACAAGAUGAAACAGGCACGGGGCUAAUAACUGCUCGCUUCAAGCACGUAGUGUCCGAAGGCGGCCACGCUAUCAUCACUGGCAGGGACGGGGACACAUUACAGCGCUGCGAAGACGAACCUAUCCAUAUCCCUGGUGCUGUGCAGAGUUUUGGACUGCUGAUCGCAUUUGAAGAAGAGACCGAAGGGAAACUGAUUGUAAGAGUCGUCAGCGAAAACUCUAAGAGGCUUAUUGGCUACACCCCAAAGCAAUUGUUUGCCCUCGACAGUUUCACCGACAUUCUAUCCGAAGAUCAGACAGACAACCUCCUGGAUCAUGUCGAUUUCAUCAGGGACGAAGAUGCUGAUGUAGGCUCGAACGGCCCUGAAGUCUUCACCAUGUCAAUACGGACUCCACAACGCAAGUUGCAGAAAUUGUGGUGCGCCAUGCAUAUCACCGACAAGAAUCCUGGUCUUGUCGUCUGCGAGUUCGAACUUGAGGACGAUCCUGUCUACCCUCUAGUUCCCGCCAACGAAGGGACGCCCGACCUGCCCGAGGACACGCUCAGCUCGAAUCCAUCGGCCGACGAAUUUGCGGAAAGCACAGAGAUCGCAAGCAAGCCGUUACGAGUGCUACGUAGUGCCAGAAAGCGCAAGGGAGAGGCUGCCGCCAUGGAGGUCUUCAAUGUCAUGUCGCAAGUUCAAGAGCAGCUUGCAGCCGCUCCCAACCUGGACAAGUUUCUCAAAAUCUUGGUUGGUGUCGUGAAAGAGCUCACCGGCUUCCAUCGUGUCAUGGUGUACCAGUUCGAUGCUUCAUGGAAUGGCCGCGUCGUGACCGAGCUGGUCGACCCCAGAGCGACCAAGGAUCUUUACAAAGGACUGAACUUCCCUGCUUCCGACAUUCCCAAGCAAGCAAGAGAGCUCUACAAGGUUAACAAGGUUCGCAUGCUGUACGAUCGCGACCACGAGACUGCUCGUUUGGUCUGCCGCACUGUCCAAGACCUUGAGAAACCUCUGGACAUGACAUACUCCUACCUCCGAGCCAUGUCUCCCAUUCACAUCAAAUAUCUGGCCAACAUGGCCGUACGUUCAUCCAUGUCCAUCUCUAUUAAUGCCUUUGAUGAACUCUGGGGGUUAAUCUCUUGCCAUGCGUACGGAUCAAGAGGAACUCGCGUAUCUUUCCCUAUCAGAAAGAUGUGUAGACUUGUUGGCGAAACCGCUUCGCGAAACAUAGAACGACUUUCAUAUGCCUCACGCCUCCAUGCUCGCAAACUUAUCAACACAGUGCCGACGUCAAAGAAUCCGUCGGGAUAUAUUAUUGCUUCAUCAGAAGAUCUUUUGAAACUGUUCGAUGCUGAUUUCGGCAUGCUUUCCAUCAGAGAUGAAACCAAGGUACUCGGACACGUCGAUGAGACACAAGAAGCCUUGGCCAUGCUCGAGUAUCUGAGAAUGCGCAGACUCACUUCGGUCACUGCCACACAAGAUUUGAAGGAGGAAUUCCCUGAUCUACGCUAUCCACCUGGCUUCCACCAUAUCGCUGGUCUACUUGUUGUUCCCCUUUCCGCUGGAGGCAAUGACUUCAUUGUUUUCUUCCGCAGAGGUCAGCUCCGAGAAGUGAAGUGGGCCGGCAAUCCUUACGAGAAGUUUGUGAAAGAGGGCACCGAGGGGUAUCUCGAGCCGAGAAAGAGUUUCAAGACUUGGAGUGAGACCGUCGUCGGAAAGUGUCGUGACUGGACCGAGGAAGAGAUUGAAACAGCUGCCGUCCUUUGUCUUGUCUAUGGCAAGUUCAUCGAAGUCUGGCGGCAAAAGGAGGCUGCACUGAAAAACAGUCAAUUGACACGCUUACUUCUAGCCAACUCGGCGCACGAGGUUCGAACGCCACUCAAUGCUAUCAUCAACUAUCUGGAAAUAGCUCUGGAAGGCAGUCUGGACGAUGACACGCGAGAGAACUUGUCGAAAUCCCAUUCUGCGUCCAAGUCGCUAAUCUAUGUUAUCAACGAUCUGUUGGACCUUACCAAGACCGAAGAGGGCGGCAGUCUCGCUAAGGAAGAGCCAUUCAACUUGUCGGCUACUUUGAAGGAUGCCACGGAUCAGUUUUCUGGUGACGCGCGUCGCAAGCAUCUCAGCUACGACGUGGUUGAACACCCUGGUCUCCCUGCCACAGUCAUUGGAGACCAGAGGAAGGUCCGCCAAGCUAUAUCAAAUGUCACAGCCAAUGCCAUCCAAAACACCAAGAGUGGCGGAAUCAGCAUUGAGAUGUACGUGCUUUCUAGAGAAGACAACCAUGUUGAGGUCGAGAUCACUAUCACCGAUACCGGUUGCGGCAUGAAUAGUAAGAAGUUGGACAGCCUUUUCAGGGAACUGGAGCAAGUGCAGAGUGAAGUGCACGACAUGUUGGAUGAUGAGCCAGCUUUCAAUUCCAAACAAGUCGAGGCAGGGUCAGAUGAGAAUCGCACCAUAGGCCUGGGUCUGGCUGUGGUCGCGCGUAUUGUCCGAAACAUGAACGGGCAGCUACGACUCAAGUCGGUCGAGAACAAGGGUUCGCGUUUCACUCUACAGUUACCAUUCGACCUACCCACCAACGGACAGAAAACACUUACUGGCUCCCUUUCAGAGGGAUCUCAACGCUCCACAGUCAUUAGCGCUGGUAAUGAGGGCGAGAUCACUCUUGUCGAACGUGGAAGUCAUAGACGCAACUCGACCGAACAUUCUCUCUCUCGCACGACGAGCAAUGAGAGUAUACACAGCAGGCGCAGUCUACCCAGCAUGAAAUCCGGACGCAGUCACGCGAGCGAAGACUCAACCCGUAGUGAGGCUGACAGACUCAUUGAUGCAAUCUCAUCCCCCGUCGAUAACAAGCGGGGUGCUCCCUCUCGUGGAAAAAGCUCUAGCAGCUUACAAAGACCUGCAUUGGGAUCUCGACAUAGCACGACAUCAGCACUCCCAAGCAGCAGUCAAACUUCACGACCUCGAUCAAUGAGUCAUGAAACAAACUCACAGGAACUAACCACUGAAGUGAUCAAAGACUCGCCCGGUAGAUCCAGUAUCGUGGAUCAGGGACGACCUGUCAAAGCUGUGCGCGUCCCAGAGGAGACAGAUGAUGUUCCUGCUGCAGCUCAAGACCAGCCACAAGAAGUAUCGCGUGUUCUUGGCAUUCAUCAGCAAGAACCUCCGGAGAACACAGAUGAAGCGCCUACAGCAGACCACAUGCGUGUGUUGGUCGCCGAGGACGAUCCGGUCAACAGCAGAAUCAUCAAGAAACGACUUGAGAAGAUGGGCCACGAAAUAUACCUCACGUCUAACGGUGAAGAAUGUUCCAGCACCCAUGGCGACAAGAGCGGCUACUUUGAUGUCGUCUUGAUGGACAUGCAGAUGCCUAUUGUCGAUGGACUCACAGCCGCUAAGGUUAUUCGAUCGUUCGAGAAAUCACAUCCUACACAUCUACUCUCGACUCGAGCAGCUUACAAUGGCCGCAUCCCCAUCAUUGCAGUUUCUGCGUCGCUGCUCGAGAGAGAAAUCCAACAGUACAUCGACGCUGGUUUUGAUGGUUGGAUCUUGAAACCAAUUUCUUUUCCACGACUACAAGAGAUUAUGACUGGAAUCGUCGACAAGCGAGUUCGCCACAAGAACGUUUACGUAAAAGGCGAAUGGGAAAGAGGUGGUUGGUUUGAAGGAUCCCAGUCUAAUGUUUGGGAAGCGAAUACCAAACCCGACGACGAAAAAAUCGCAAUGUCUGGACCUAGCGACGCUGUACAAAAAGAAGCUGCCAGCGAUGACCCGCAAGAAAAGGGAGAUGACGAAGACGACAGCAGACAGACCCAGGAGCAGCACAGAAUCGCCGCCGUGCAAGACCACGAUGCAGGGAUCGAGCCGCCUCCGGAACAACAGGACCAAGGACCAGAAGACCCAGACGUGAAUGGCGAACCACAUGAUUUCUCUUGA